AUGGUUAACAAUGGUUUUGGUCACCUAACCAAGCAAUUGCUGAAGCUAGCGGAUGGCCGUGUUGUGCUGGCACUGGAGGGAGGACAUGACCUUACUGCCAUCUGUGAUGCAUCUGAAGCCUGUAUAAACGCCCUUUUAGGAAAUGAGCUGGAGCCUCUCCCAGAAGAUAUUGUGCACCAAAUCCCCAAUAUGAAUGCAAUAGCUUCUUUAAAAAAGACCACUGAAAUUCAAAGCAAGUACUGGAAGUCAGUGGAGCCAUACUCUGUGCCAGUGGAUUGUGCUCUGGCUGAGUCUCAGAAACAAGAGAGGGAGGAGACAGAAACGGUAUCUGCUAUGGCCUCUCUUUCAGUGGAUGUUGAGCAGUGUAUCCCUCAGGAAACCAGCAGAGCUGCUGGCGAGCCCAUGGAAGAAGAGCCAGCCUUGUGAAGUGCCAAGUCCUCCCUGAUAUUUCCUGUGGGUGACAUCAUUGUGUAUCCCCCCAAAGCACCCUCAGACAUGUCUUGUCUGCUGCUUGGGUGGCACAGAUCAGAUGGAACAUAAACACUGGGCACAAAACUCUGAAUAGCAGCUUCACUUGUUCUUUGGAUGGACUUGAAAGGGCCCUAAAGAUUCCUUAAAUGUAACCGCUACAAUUCUAGAGUUACAGUAAAAUGGGCUUGGGAGAAAGAGCCUAGAGCAUGCUUUUUAUAUGCUGUUUGACCCACUCACCAACAUAAAUUGUGAAAUAGGGUAUUACAAAAUUCUACAUGAUAGAUUAUAGAUAGGAGAAUUAAAACAGCCAGCAAAAUGCUCAGUAAACUCCAUGAAUCAGUUUCCGACAAUUUUUACUGGGUAAUUUUUUUCAUACUGUGUUAAAUUGUUAAUAGAAUUUGUUUUCUUCACUCUGUGUAAUG